CAUUUUAUUGAUUGAGAUGAUAGUAUUGGAAAAAGUACAGAAUCUUAAAAAAUAAAACUUCAGAUCUUCAGUCGUAUUUUUAACCCAAAACUGGCAUGAGCAAAAAAAGAGAGCGCUCCCCUCGUCUAUUCAAGUUCACAGGUCAGCAAAUACCUUUUCUCUGAAGUGUUUGGUGUCUCAUACUCGUGCAAAAAUUAUGAUUUUUUACAAAUGGAUAGAACGCAAUGGUGACACUGUCUUACUCACAAAAAAUAAAAUUGGUUAAGUGACAACGAUGCAGAGUAUUUAACAUGCCAGUAAAAAAACAAGAAAGUUGAUCUUAAGUUCAGUAUGUGGGUAUACGUUUCAGAGUAUGUUAGGAAAACUUCAUUGUCUGUCAACUCAGGUGGAGAAAAGAAAAGGAAACAAAAAUGGAAACCUGUAGUGUCCCUCGAGCAAAACAUGUCACAUCUAUUUCAGAACUUAUUCCCCUGCUGUCUGCUGCAAGUUUCCAAAGACGAGGACGCAUCAGGGGCCACAGAGACACAGGGCUACAGUCACACUUCACUACAUCACCGGUGUAUAAUAUCAUACAUAUACUAACAGCGCCAUGUUGUUUUCAUUGUUCAUGCAGAUGAAUGAAAGCAGUUAAGAUCGGCUUGAAUCAUUAAGACAAAAAUGUGCUUUGGGUUCUGUCUGCAACAUUUGUCGGAUAGGUUCUCCCUCGUUUCUUUUUUUUUGAUGAGCUAUUACUGAAGCCUCUUCAGGGAUCUAAGUGGUGCAGAUACAUACGUGAGGGCCCAUGGGGGCUUCGGGGUUACACUGGUACAUGUUUUUCACUUAACGGCCUUGAUUAAAACCUGGAAAGAAAGACAGUUACCAUGGGCGUCUCACCUGUGGAAUUAAUUAUCGCAGCAAAGAUAGAGGACGGCACACUUAGCUUCUCGUCAUUUCCUGAUAAACAAGCUGUGCCUCCACACCUUUCAUCAGACCUGAACGGGACUCUAACCAGGAAGCAGCUGAGUUAUCGACUUUCCAGCAGAAUGCCGAGCCAGCUCGAGGGUGCGAUGGACGCACUGAUUACAGUUUUCUACAACUACUCAGGGAAUGAUGGAGACAAACACAAGUUGAACAAGGGCGAGUUGAAGGAUCUGUUGAACAGCGAGCUCACCGACUUCCUCACGUCUCAGAAGGAUCCGAUGCUCGUGGAGAAAAUCAUGAACGACUUGGACUCGAACAAAGACAACGAGGUGGAUUUCAACGAGUUUGUCGUCCUGGUGGCCGCCCUGACUGUCGCCUGCAACGACUUCUUCCAGGAGCAGCACAAGAAGCCCAAGAAGAUGUCCGCAGAAAAUCUGUAAAUCUUUUUAACAAUGUCAAAAUGUCUUCACACUUAAAACCGCCCUGUAAAUGUCUCACACUGUAGAGCUUUGUGAAAGUCAUAUUUUAACCAAACGCUGUGACAGUGUGUGAAAUAGUCGCUCUUAAAUAAUAUAUAGAACGGUGUACAAGGACACGUGUUCCCCUUUUUUUAUGAUGCUCAUUAAAUAUUUCAAAGUAAUACAUUUCAACUUGAACUACAUUUAAAUCCUACAACUCAAAAGCAGUUUCAUGUCAGCUUCUUCUUCUUCUACACUUUAAACCAGGAGACAGACCGUUGUGUUCAGGAGAAAAAUCAAGUCAGCGUGUAUGAAUUUUAUGUUGUUUUUUUUUUUUUUAUCUCACAUCACGAUCCUUCUUUAUGACUAACGAGGCAUUCUUGUGCUAAAUCAACAAAAAGAAAACACAAGCAUUUUGGUUCGGGUAAGACAUCAAAAAAACACUUUGUUUGAUUUUGAAUUAAGAUUAUCCUUUUGUCUGAAUACGGCAAGUCAAAGAAACUUUGAAAAUAAGUCAUUUUAUGUGUGUGAUGUUUUAAAGGAGGUGUUUGAAGUAGAUACAUACAGUACAUGUAGUACAUUAAAAUAUCACACUGAAAAGGAAAGAUCCUGCUCACUACUCUUGCUCGGCUUCACCAAUUUAUUAGAAAAAAAUCCCAAAGUUUGGGUCCCUCUGAACCUUUGUCAAGUGUGUUCUCAUGCUCUCAUUUGUAUGAUGUAACUCCCGAAUGGUGAAGUAAUCCAACUUUGACUUCUAUAAAGAAAUACAGGGUUAGCACGUUGCCUAUUCUGUAUUUUUUUUGCCCCACUGGACUCUACUGGUUUUUUUUUCUGUCACCUUACACGUCAGACGCACAAAAUAUUUUUCAAAUAUCAACAAUUUAAUUAUUAAGACUGAAGAAAAAAGGGGAAUUCCUGUUCUUGUUCAAACAUUUGUACAUUAACAUGUUUUACUAUUUCACACACUGCUGCUUACUUGAAAAAAGACGCUAUCUGUCACUGAUUGUAAAAGCAUUAAGCGUUGAACUGAUGACUUCCAGAUCUCACCUUAAACCUACCUGUUCCAACUUAUACUUGUUUUUUUUGUAGCCUGAUGUUUGUAACUUAAAAAUCAACUUUGGUUAUUUUUUCCUUCAGCUUUGGCGCACUUCUCGACUUCUCGCCUUGUUUUUGUCUGUGAUAGAAUAAUUGCUUACAACAAGUUCAGUAGCAAGUUUCAAAACUCUGUCUUUAUAUUCACGGCUGUAUUUCAGCAUAUUGUGUUUCAACUGAUGCAGCCAAUAGGACAUUGUUUUUAAGUAAACCUCGCAACUGAAAAUAAAAUCAUGGUUUUCUCUGGAAAC